AUGAGGAAGAGGAAGAAAGCUAAAAUCAUCAUUUUCAUUAACAGUGGCGAUGCCAUAUAUAAAUUAGAUCUCUCCCUCUCUCCUCUCUUGUCUCGCAAUCGAGCUCAUCGCCGGUGUUUCAUCGUCUCGCGGCCUUUCCUGGGCUCCUCUCCGGCGACAGAAGCACUCGUCGGAUCGUCGUCGCCCAUCGUCUUCUGGAUUCAAGUAUUCGCCCUCGCGAGUCGCCAUGGAUCGUGGACUGGCGUAGGGUCGUCACUUGCUUCGUCGCUCGUCCUCUUCUGGGCUGGGGUCCUCUUCGUCACCCAGUCGCCUUUGGAAGGUCGAAUGAUCGUGGAGAGCAAGACAGCAGAACUGAAGACUCAAAUCCGGCUUAAAGGAAGUCACGAGGACAAUGAAUCACAACUCAAGGCAUCUCGAGAAGUAUUGCCAACUAUGUAAUCGUGUGUUCUUGCCUCACUAAUUUUUUUGACAUAGUAUUAUGUAAUUAAAUACAUCUAUAAAUUAUUUUUAUUGACAA